UGGGAUUUAGUCCGGUCGUUGACACUCGUUCAAUUCAAUCAUUCACAACGGUCGGACUGUUCAUGGUCGACGGUAACGAAUCUGUCGACCGUAUUAUUUUCGUAACAAAGGACUUUCUGAAAUGUAAAUCCUGACAUAAAACCUGAAUAGAAUUAGUCGUUUUAGUUUAGUGUUAGGUUGAUAUUCUGAUAAUUUGUCAGUGACCGUUUUGAUUCGUUUUGUAAAUUGGAAGAGUCGAUAUCGACCUGAAUCGCGAGUGUUUAUGUUUAUUAGACGACGAGUACUUCGAUGUUUGUUUUGCAAACAGAUAGUUUACCCACAUUCGAUUUAUAAAUAGUGAGCCCCUGAUGCGUGGAUAGCGGGAGGUUUACGGCUCUGUGUGUGAUGUGAGAGAAGUGUCGAGAUGUCGAACCGAAGGAUGGCUGCGGUGUGGCUCAUGGUGGCGGCGGCGGGCGUGUGCUGCGCCCCGGCGGCCGGCCAGUCGUUCCUCAAUAACAUCACCCACAACCUUCGCAUGGAGAUGUCGGGGGUGAUGGAGAUGGCGAACGUGUCUUACUCGACACCGGUGAUCAACGCGACGUAUAUAGCUCGCAACGAGUUCGAUAUGCGCGCCAUGGGCAUGCUCUACAACUCCACGCACCUGGUCAUCGACCUCAUCGCCAAGAAGCAGGCGUACCCUGAAGGCGUGGUGCACGUGUCCGACGGCCACUUGGAGCUGCCGUCGGUGCGCAAGGAGUGGCGGCCGCUGCUGGCGCACUACGCGGGGCCCACCGCCGUCAUCGUCGUCGCCGUACUCUUCGCCGUGUCGCUGCCGCUCGCCGGUCUAUUUUGGUGCUGCUGCUACUGGUGCCGGUCGGGCCGACGGCGGCGGCCCUUCGACCGCAAGUAUGACGCGUGUCUCAAGGGUCUGCUCGCCAUUCUCCUCAUAGCUCUACUGACGCUCUUCCUGUUCGGCGUGGUGUGCGCGUUCGCGACGGAGGCGCAGCUGGAGGCGGGCGCGGCGCGCGCGGCGGGCGCGCUGCGCGCCGGGCUGCGCGACGCGCACGCGUUCGUCAACGCCACGCACGCGCACGCGCACUGGCUGCUCGUCGUCAACUACGGCGAGCUCGAGCGCAAGAUGGACGCGCUGCUCACCGGCGCGGGCAUGGCGGUGUCGGUGCAGCUGGGCGAGUUCUCGCACGCGGUGUCGGUGACGACGCUCAACAAGAUGGUGCAGCAGCUGGACGGCGUACAGGCCGACCUGCGGGCCGUGCAGCACCUCACCGCCACGCUGCGCUUCAAGGCUGAGCAGCUCAACACCGGCCUCCGGAAGGUGAAGCUGAAGCUGCUGACGACCCUGGCCCGUUGCGAGAUGCCGCCCUGUAUCAACCUGCAACGCAAGCACCGCAUCGGCGAGCUCAACACAGAUAUACAGUAUAGCCAGAUGCUUGACAAAUACUUCCCGACGAUGCCGGACGUGUCGGAGCUGCUGAACAACGUGACGUCGCUGCUGGACAGCCGUAUCAAGGAGGAGGUGGCGGACGGGUACCGCGUGUUCCGCGACAUACAGCGCGGCAUACAGCGCUCCGUCGACGAGCACAUACCGAGCGUACACCACGCCAUCACCGACACAGGCGAGCGGCUGGCGUCGCUGUCGGAGCGGAUCCGGGCGACGGCGGGCGAGGUGAGCGACAUGCUGCAGCGGCACGAGCGCGCCAGCGACCGGCUGCAGGCCGCGGUGGCGCAGUACGGGCCCUACCGCCGCUACGUGGGGCUCGGCACCGCCUCCGCGCUGCUGCUCAUCACGUGCGUGAUGGCGUGGGGGCUGAUGUGCGGCGUGUGCGGCAAGCGGCCCGACGUGUACGGCGCCGGCGACUGCUGCAACAAGGGCCAGGGCUCCAAGUGCCUGCUGUGCGGCAUGGUGAUAAUCUUCGCGCUGGGCGGCGUGGUUACGCUGGUCAUGCUCGCGUACUUCGUGGUCGGCAUCACCGCGCAACGCUUCGUCUGCGACCCGCUCACCGAGCCGCGCGGCAGCCGGCUGUUCGCGGACGUGGAGCGGUUCGUGCAGCUGGAGCGCGCCGUGUACAACGAGUCGGGCGGCGACUUCAACCUCACCGCGCUGCUCACCGCCUGCCACCGCAACCGCACCAUCUUCCAGACGCUGCAGCUGCACCGCGCGGUGAACAUGAGCGCGUGGCGGGCGCACGCCAUGCAGGAGGUGGCGCGGCGCGUGGCGGCGCUGCGGCCGCAGUACCCGGCGGCGCGCGCGCCCGUCACCAUCCUGCGGGACAGCGCCAAGCGCAAGCUGCGCCAGCUGGCCGACACCGGCCUCUCCGACUUCGACUUCGACCGCAUCCUCGACGCGCUGGAGACGAACAUGACGUCGCUGGCGCUGGACGCGCUGGCCGAGCAGCUGAGCGGCACGGCGCGCGCCGUGUCCGAGCGCGCCGGCUACGGCAACGUGACGCGCGAGCUGGCCGCCGCCGCCGCCGACCUGGCCGACCUGCACCACGACAUCGUGCUGCCCAUGCUCAACUACACCGCCGCGCUCAACACGACAGCUAUGAAACUACGCGACGAGCUCCGGUUCAAUCACACGUCGCUCAAGGACGCCAUCUCGUACCUGAUAUACGAGACGACACAAGCCGAGCUGUAUCUCAACACGCAGGGGCCUGAUCUAAUGCAAAAUAUGACGCGCGAGUUCGCGGAGAUGGUGGGCGCGAUGCUGGACGGGUACCUGGCGCGCGUGCAGCACGCCGCCGACGAGCGCCUGGGCCGCUGCGGCCCGCUCUCCGCCGCCUUCAACGCCACGCGCGACGCCGCCUGCCGCAACAUACUCAUGCCCACCAACGGCUACUGGAUGUCUCUGGCGUGGUGCGUGGUGAUGGUGGUGCCGCUGCUGGUUGUGGCGCAGCGGCUGGCGCGGCUCUACCUGCACGUGGACCCGUACCCCGGGCCGCUGGUCGAGGCCGAAUAUUUGUAUGACGCGUACGCGGACCGCGAUAACGUACCCCUUGCCAACGCCUACAAGGCAGAGAAGAGGGCCGGGCGCGAGGGUCGCGAGGGGCGAGACGGGCGCGUGCGCGGGCGCGGCGAGGGGGAGGGAGGCGGGGGCGGCGCGCGGGGCGCGGGGCCGGCGCGGCCCGAGGCCGCCGCGCUGGCGCCGCCUCUCGACGCACACCACGCGCGCAGAUAUAAUGAUAUGGCGCCAAAGCACUGGGAAGAAGGCCCUCCCCGCUACCACGGGCCUACUGAGUACGAGCGACCCCCACCAUACUACUAUCCCGGACCAAAUGAUAGACAGUAAAUUUGCGCUCACCGAACUAGAAGAAGAUCUACUAAAGUACUGAGGUCCACUCCACUCUUCCCCGCCUUGACUGUGAGGCGUAACAUGCAACACGCAACGAAACAACGCAACAUGAUAUGUUGCAUUACAUUUAAUCUUUAUACGACUAUUUUUCCAUAGUAAUAUGAGAAAAUAUAAAGUAUAUUUACAAUAGGAAAGACGAUACAAAGUCAUUUAAUAGGAUAGUCAUUAUGUACUUUCGAGAAGUAAUUAUAUUUUGAAUACCAGUGCGAUUUAAAUGAUAUUCAAAUUAUUGGAAUGCGUAUGGAGGUAGUGUGAUUGGUCACAGGCCAUAGACUGCCUGACGAGAACUCUAACAGGCUUUGCAAGCAUUCUGGGCGCCUAAUACUCGUAUUCGGCGUCAACUAUGUCGUACAUGUAUAGUAAUUUCACAUAUACUGGUGUAAUUUACUUUGCAUGGUCAUACGUUACGUCGCCUUGUAAACGAUAUUGAUAGGUGAUAGCUUGAAUAUGUAUGUAAGAGUUCUGAAUUGCAAGAAUUAACGAUAAAGUUUUUAUUCUGAUUAUUCAUUGACGGGCAAUUUUUAAAAAGAAACAGUUUUACAUACCCAGGUAUAGAGUUGUUAUAUCGAUAUCUAAUCAGAAUAGAGUCCCCAUCACUAGUGAGGUGCUGGUUUGGCGUGAGAUGGUUAAAUAUAUUCGACGUUGUGUGUAGCCGUAACUAUGAUAAUAUUAUCGUAAAUUGUAACGUAGUGUCGUCGGUAUGUAAAUAAAUAUAAGUGGUAUUAGAGACGGAGAACGGAGAACGGGGUCGACUCUCGGACACAGUAACUGCCAUAUUUCGACUGUCCAUUUUGUUACGUUGUUUUGUAGUUUCGUCUCUACGUACUUCGGCUCAACGUUGACUUAGUAUAUUUGUGACCGCACGGUCGAUUUGGCUUUAAAUAAUUUGUCAGAAUUAUAAUUAUAUACUUUAUACGUUUGUUGAGAGAUCGCGGGAUGCAAAGCCGCACAAAACAUAAUUUCGAAAUCUGUGAGAUUCUUUUAUAUUAAGCUUAUUAUCUUAAUUUUAGGUAGUCGAAGUAAUUCUCCCUCGUUUUUUCAUUGCGCCCCUCCUCAGUUGGGCUGCUGUUCGUCUGCUUUGGUGUGGUUCGAAUGAAAAAGCGAUGGAGUGAAUGUAACGAGUCAGUAGGUGGUAGCGUUCCACUGGUUCACACGUACACGUCACGUCACGUCACGUCACGUUGACGGUAUCCGUAUACAUUUAUUAUUGAAGAUUUACAACUAGCGUAAUGGUGGGUACGGGCGGCGACUCGAGCUAACGCGCCGGCGGCCGCGCCGCACGCGCUCUGUGAUCCUUUAUUUGUUGAUUUAUUACUACUUUUACCAUUGACUUCCACUUCUCUCUCUUAGAGAGCAGUCCCGAGAUACACUGAAAUCGAACUGACUAUCUUACGAAAGAAGCAAAAAAGAAUAUCCAUCUAUCUAGUACCUGACAGAAAAAAUAAACAUUUAUCUCAAAGAAACACUACUCGGAAACCAAAAAAAAGUUCGAGGCUUACCAUGUUAGCACAUGGUAACUUUCAGCUGUUUCAGGAAGUUAUUUUUCUUUUGUCGUUUUUGAACACAUUUUCCUUGUAAAAAACAUUCAGUUUUACUUGUAGAACCCUUUUUAAUUGCUCCCUAGCAAUUAUUACUCGAAUGGGGAACACGUACUAAAAUAAUUUCUUUUUUCUUUUAUUAUACUCUUUUUUUUUAAAUAUAGUUUUGUCUAUAUUUUUAUGUUUACUAUUAACCCACCUAGGGUGCUAUUUACACUAUGCUUCCUCGUAUCCCCCCCCUGCCCCCGCCACGUUCGCGUUUAGUAGACGGCGUCGUCGCCGCAUUAUGUAAACUCUGCUUUUUUUUUACUUCUCCUUAUUACUAAGCAAUUUUGACAUAUAUUUUAAAUGAUUUUUGUUAUUUAAAAAAUGUUGUGGACACAAAGAUUAUAGUAUUUUUUUAUACAGGUUGGCCAAAACGAAAACAGCUGAUCCAGAUGACCGGUCUGAAUCAGAUGGCAGAUUGUUUUCCCACCGGAAAGGCACUGCAGCCGUAUAAUUAACGAUUCUUAAGUAUGAACGCCGCGCAAUGUAUUUGAAAUUUUACGAUGCACACGACGCGUGAUACGUAUGCUGUUACUGUUUUUUGGUACUUCAUAGUAUAUCACUAAAAAAUAUUUUUUUUUUAUAUUAUGACACAAAAUUAUAGAUUACAUGAUUUUGAAUGAAAAUAUGGGGGGGGGGGGGGGUUGGAAUUGAAAUUUUCCAUAAAGAAUUUCCACUGGCUUUCGGUUCAGAAUAAUGGUCUGAAUUCACUGUUUCAGUUUUUGCUAACCUGUCCCUUACACGCUGUAUUCAGUAACUUCAGUAAGACAGUAUGUCAAAAUUAUUUACUAAAAAGGGGAAUUUAAUGGAAACAUAGAGUAUAUUAGGUGUAUGUAUUUAGAUAAGGUAUGUGAUUAUGCAAUUUUUAUCAGUUGACUCGGUGCGCGAGGCGAGUGCAGAUCUUUAUUUUAGUAUUAACGUGUCAUACUGUAUUUGUUAGUUAGGAACGUUAUAUAAAUGUAUGCCAAAUGUAAUGUGGCUGGCGUCCGAUCUCCGAGGACCACUGUUGGGGCUGUACGAACUUGUGUCGGCUUGUGAGCGACGCGGCUCGAGCGGCGACCAUCGACCGCCCCGAGCGAUUAGAUGCACUUACAUUGUACAUGUGACAACUGCACCUGAAAAGUACGGUUUGCAAGAGAUUUUUUAUAUUUUUUUUUCUAGAUUAUUUAUUUACUAGACAAUUGUUUAUUUUAACAAUAAUGACAUCAGAAUAUGGCGGAAAGAAAGACCUCUUUAUACUGUGAUUGCUUUAUUGGUCGGCGGUGGUCGCUGUUUGUUAUAUAUAUAUAUAUAUAUAUAUAUAUAUAUAUAUAUAUAUAAAUUGUAUUAUUGAAUAUUCUAUUAGAUUCUUCAAAAUGUCUAAUUUUUUUAUUCUAAACAAUACUGUUUAGAUGUUUUUAUAUUUGCCAAGUGUUCAUAUCUUUGUGUAGCCGCGUCGUAAUAGUGUCUUUGCACACGGACACAUAAGCACCAGCUCAAAUAUUUAUCGUAUGACUUACAUAUAAUUUAAUUAACGUUGUAUAUGUAUUUAUACUAUGUUAGUUCUGUCCGUGUGUCGAGACGUGGACACAGCUCUUGAUCUCUAUACAGGUGCGCCGCUCGUCUUCCUCUCACCGCAGCGCCCUCUCGAGGCCAGUACAUACCAAACGUCGGAAUUCGUACCUAACAAAUAUAGUUUUUUGUUUAGUUAUAUCAAAAAUUCCGCGCGAAGAUUUUUCCGUCUGGUAUGUACCGACCCGUAUGCUGUCUUUUUAAGGGACCACAGAUAAAAAAAGUCAUAGGAAGUACUAGGAAUUUUAUUGUCAUGUUUUGUACCGCAAGAUGUAUUUUUUUUUUCUAUUUUUAAAGUGUUUAAAUGUUAUUUUUAAGUUUUAUUAUUAUUAAGUUUCGAGUAGGUAUAUAUUUUUGCAUCUGUUUUGACUAAUCCAAUUUGAUAAUUUGUCUGUGGUUUCCAUAGACGAUACAAGCGAGGGUGAACUCUAUGCGGUGGUAACACGUACCUUUUACAAACCCGUGCUCACUUUUCAGUAGUUUCAAAUGUAAACGUUCGUAUCGGCGGGUGUAUUUGUUUUACGCAUGAAUUUAUUAUGCUCAAUUGUUCUGUACGAACCGGUGCUAGUGCACCGAGCCGGUACACUUAGUUUGUUCUUGUAUUGAAUUUAAAUUUAUUGCAACUUUAGCGAAAUUACCUUGCAUUGGUAUGUACUGAUACUGUUAGUGUAAUGUAUGUAGGUAUAUCUAAAUAUAUGUAAUUCACUUUAUCCUCUAGGUAUAACGAUGGUACUCAUAGUGUAACCAAAAAUAAAAUGCUCGCUGUUCGCGAAGGCUGUGCGAUCCGCAUCGGACUGUGUCGGGGAUUGUAAAAUAAACAUUCGAUUAUUAUCCAAAUUA